AUGGGCGGGCGGCUGCGCGGGCGCCCUGCGGCGGGCGCCGCGAUACUGCUGCGCGCCGCCGCCCUCGCCGGCGCCUGCGCCGGCCUCGCGGGCGCGGCGCCCGCGGACGGGGCCGCGCGCCCGGGCAGGAGCAUCUCAGCAUGCUGGCCAUCGGCCGCAGAGCAAGAGCAAGGAGGACAAGGGACCUCAGCACGAGGAGCAGGAGAGCGAGCGCGACCAGACGAUCUGGAAGGAGCGUUGCUUCCUCUCUUGUGCACUGCAGCAUGCAGGGCCACUUCGCCCCCCGUACAUCCCGCCCUGACAGGCUGA